CAUAGAGAGCUGCUCAUAUACAUAAUCAUCACUCGUUAGUGCCGCAUUUCCUGGGUUUUGUUUACAGUGGACUUACAAAAAAAUGGAUGGUCCUGCUCAGGUUCCAAUGGUGUCUCCUAAUGGUUCAGUGCCUCCUAUUUAUGUGCCUCCAGGAUAUGUGUCACAGGUCAUUGAAGAAAAUGGCGUUCGAAGGGUGCUGGUGUUACCUCAACAGCCAGAAUUUCAUCCUGGCAGUCAUCCACCAAUACAUCCUCAUCCUUAUAUGCCUCCAUUUCUUCCUCCACCUGUCCUACCACAUCAUCAAAUGUACUCUACGGGACCAGGAGAUGCUGCAGCACCAUAUGUUGCACAGCAUCAUCCUCAGCAUUCAUAUGCAGAGCAAGAAUCUCAUCCCUCUCAUGGGAGGUCCAACUUUAUCCACAGAGAUGAAAGGACUAGCAAAGCUUAUGAGCGUUUACAAAAGAAACUGAAAGAUCGACAAGCUAAUGGAUCGAAAGAUAAGAUGAACAGCCCACCAUCCUCUCCCCAUAAGUCUCCCACCAGUGAAGAAAAUGAAGAGGAAGAUCCAGACACCAAAGCUUUUGAAGCAUACCUGUCAAGUGUUGGCAAACCUGUGGUAUCCGACAUCCAGGCAAGAACAGUUGUACUCACAUGGUGUCCUCCUUCAGCCACAAAUAAUGAUGAUGCUGAUAGCGAUAUUGUACCUGAACCAUGCAGCUUUGAAAUUGCUAUUUCUAGUAGUGGGAAGGAUGGGAAAUUCAAAGUUAUUUAUAUAGGAAAAGACGUGAAUGUCACAUUAAAGGACCUAAAACCAGCCACAGAGUACCAGGCCAGGGUGCAAGCAGUGUCUAACCUAAUAAGAGGGACUCCAUCGGAAUCAGAGAGUUUUACAACAUUGUGCAGUGAACCAGACACGCCAAUGCCACCUAGAAUAAUAAACAGGACCAAACAUUCCCUCAACCUACAGUGGAAGGCUACGUGUGACAAUGGUUCCAAAGUCAGCAAUUACAAUCUGGAAUGGGAUGAGGGGAAAGGGAACAGUGAAUUUUCCCAAUGCUAUUUUGGACCACAGAAACAAUUCAAAGUUGUUAAGCUAUCACCAGCCACAGGAUACAGAUUUAAGUUAGCGGCUAUGAAUGAACUUGGGAUGAGUGAUUUCAGUGAAGAGGUGCUUUUCUACACCACUGGCAGUGUCCCUUCAACACCGGCAAGUCCUCAGCUUGUUAAAGCAGGCAUCACAUGGUUGUCAUUACAUUGGAGCAAGCCGUCGGGAACCUUAUCUGAUGAGGGCAUUAGUUAUAUUUUAGAAAUGGAAGAUGAAACCUCAGGGUAUGGAUUUAAACCAAAAUAUGAUGGUGAGGAUCUUGCGUGUACAAUUAAAAACCUUAGAAGAAAAAGUACGUAUAAAUUUAGGGUAAUUGCAUACAAUUCAGAAGGGAAGAGCAACCCUGGUGAAGUCAUGGAGGUUACCACCUAUGCAGACAAACCUGGAUCACCAUCUAAACCUUCGGUGAAGGGGAAAAUUCAUGCUCAGAAUUUUAAAAUUAUAUGGGAUCCACCCAAGGACAAUGGAGGAUCAGCAAUCACAAAGUAUGUGGUUGAGAUGUCAGUUGGUGCAAAUGGAAACACAUGGAACGUGGUUUAUAAUGGAGCUACCAGAGAACAUGUGUGUGACCACCUUAAUCCUGGCUGUGUGUACCAGUUGAGAGUUUACUGCAUCAGUGAAGGAGGGCAGAGUCCGGUCUCAGAAACAUUACUAGUGCAGACACCAGCAGUUCCCCCUGGUCCUUGCCAACCACCAAGACUUGUCGGUAAAGCACGGGCAAGAGAAAUACAGUUACGAUGGGGCCAACCUCCUAUAAUUGGCGGUUCUCACAUAAUCGGUUAUAGACUGGAAAUGUCUGCAUCAGACCUGACUGAACCCAAGGAGGUGUACCAGGGACCUGACACAGAAUGUACAGUCUGCAGCCUACUUCCAGGGAAGAUAUACAGUUUUCGACUUCGGGCUGCAAACAAAGCAGGGUAUGGUCCUCAUUCAGAAAAAUGUGAAAUUUGUACAGCUGCAGGAUGUCCUGAUCAAUGCAAAGUUCCACAAGUUGUGUGUAAAACAGCCACCUGCGUACAUGUCAGCUGGACAACCCCAAAUGGUAAUGGUGCUGAUGUGACAGAAUACAGGCUGGAAUGGGGAGUUGUGGAAGGUGUCAUGCAAAUAUGUUAUUGUGGCCCUGGUCUAAAUUUUGAAGUGAAGGGGCUUUUGCCAGCCACUACAUACUUUUGUAGAGUGCAGGCAUUGAAUGUUGCUGGUGCAGGUCCUUUCAGUGAUGUGGUUUUGUGCAUGACUCCACCAUCUGUUCCAGCUGCUGUAAGUUUUCUGCAAAUGAUGGAUGAAGACAAACUUGAUACGCCACUUGACUCCCCUUCAACUUGUCUUGCCAUACAAUGGGAAGAGCCGCGCAAUAAUGGUUCUGAAAUCACAAGCUACAGUAUAGACUUUGGUGACAGGCAGCCAAUAACAGUAGACAGGACGAUUAACCAUAUCAUUCGAAAUCUGCAGCCAGAUACAACAUACAGAAUACGAGUACAGGCUGUAAACAGCAUUGGACCUGGUCCUUUCAGCCAUACCAUUAAAGCAAAAACAAAGCCACUGCCUCCAGAGCCACCUCGACUUGAAUGUGUAGCCUUUAGUUAUCAAACUCUGAAGCUGAAAUGGGGAGAGGGGACUGCAAAAGUUUUGGCAUCGGAUGCCAUUCAGUAUGUCUUGCAAAUGGAGGACAAGACCGGGAGGUAUUCAACGAUAUACAAAGGACCAUGUCACACACACAAAGUUCAAAGACUCAAUGAGUCAACAUGCUACAGAUUUAAAAUUCAGGCAUGUAAUGAAGCAGGUGAAGGACCCUUUUCUGACGUUUACACUUUCACAACUGCCAAAUCUCCCCCAUCUCCUGUUAAAGCUCCAAGAUUAAAGCAACUGAAGGAGAAUGUAUGUGAUCUCACAUGGGAACCUUUGCCAGCAAUGAAGGGGGAUCCAAUUGUUUACAAUGUUCAGGCCAUGGUUGGCAAAGACUCUGAAUUCAAACAGAAGAUUGUCCAUGUACUGUACCAAACAGUGCAGUCAGGAAAGCAUCUCCAGCCCUUCAGCCAGCCUCUGAUGAAAUAUUGACCGAGAAUUGUUAAAACUCUGGGGCAAGCAGGUCCAUCUGUAUUACUAGCCGUGAAAUAUGAAGCUGAAGUUAAAUUGGCAGUGUCAUUUAGAGUUCGAUGGACCAAAAUACAUUACUAAUAUCCAGUACGAUGAAAUAUUUGGCCCAGAGGUAGAGUUGCUACCAUGGUGCCAAAUGCCUCCAUGUUUUUUAUGUAAUUUAGUUCAAAAUCUCAAACUGUUCUGGUGGAAUCUGAAUGCAUGUUUUCUGGAUCACGAGUCCAAUAUCAUAACCUCUAGACACAUUAAUGGUGUUGACAGUGUUGUAAAGUAACACAGAAUAAGACCUUUGUGGUCAAGCAACCAUAAACUCAAAAUUGGACAUUGUAAAUUAACCCACAGAUGGAGAAAUCAGGCCUGACUGAACAUUAGCCAAACUAAAUUAAACAGCAGUCACCAGUUAUCAACUACUGAGAUCUCAGGGAAAUCAAGGUCAAAGAGGUCACAAAAUUCAGGGGCAACCAGUUAUAACCAGCCUGAGGGUUGUAUGUUGAAGUAUCAAUCAGACUUCCUGGCACCUUGACUUCCAGCCAAUACCUGAGUGCACUUUACACUUCCCACUUAGGGUAAUAGUGAAGAGUGCUGGCAAGACUCCAUUGAAUGCUUUAAACCCCAGUCAUGAUCCCAUUGGCCAAAGGCAGUAAGACAAGAGGCCGACUGUGUGGCAAUCCAGGUAGACCCGGGAGAAGAUCUGCCUUGAUAGAACUAUAGAGGCCACGUGUUGUGGCAAUUUGGGAAAUUCAGAUAAAGGAUAUUUUGUUAAUAAAAGCGAGUUGAUGCGCGAAUUGAAUUCUAUGUCAUUUUGUCUGCCUCACCAACAAGAGCACUUGGGUAAAGUGUUUUUAAUACAUAAACUGGUCGAAGUGUGCAAAGCACAGGCACUACUGGCAUCCCUGGGUGGCUUUGAUUAGAAGUGUUGUAUAAUCUCAAGUCGAACCCACUAACCUUGAGUUCUCUGAUAUUUAGCCUCAGCCUGAAUUCAGAGAGCAGUUGCCCCAAGUGAUGGCCAAGAUUCAAGUUGGUGAAAGAGGGUGAACAUUUCCAACUAAUGAUCAGACUAUUAACCAGAUGCCUGUCACGUGAGGAGAACGAACAGCCAGAGUUAGUACAGGGUUGGGGACCCAUGGAAAAGAAAAUCUUAACAUAGGCUGGUAUAGGGUUGGGGACCCACAGAAACAGGCAAGGAACCCGAAUACAGUGUCAGCAGACCCAUGAGUUGGUGAGAAGCCAUACAUUGGAGUCAGGGACCCAUGAGGAUACAGAAAAGCUAGAGUAGGUUUCAAGCUGAUAGUUGUUUUCUUUAAAUGCAUUUAAGCAAAAGAACAUACAAAGUUAACCAUAUUCUAUAUUUUACCAUCUCUAGUUUUUUUUUUUUAAAAGCUGUUUAAAUGGGGAUAUUUAUUAUAUUUACCCUUUAUAAUCAGGCCUCAGAAAUAUCUCAUUAAUGUUCAGAAAUGUGCAUUUCUGUUGGGUGAACAGCAUUACAUCAGUGUGAAUUGGACUUCAUAGGCACUCCAAAGACUGUAAAAGGAACAAUUUGCAUUUAUGUAAUGAUUUUGUCCCAAAGAGCUUUAAAGUUAAUGGUAACUAGUAGGAAAUAAAAUUACACUUGGAGUAAACUUAAUGUGCAGUCAUCGUCCUAAUCUAAGAAAUAAGACCGCUGAUUUACCUGUAGCAAGGUCCCAGAAACAACAGAUGUUGAUUGAGAGAUGAGACCAGACCAGAAUGCCCUCCUCCAAAAUAUUUCUACUUCCACUUGAAAGAAGGGCAGAGCCUUGGAUGACUGUCUCAUCCAAAAGUGACAUCUCCAGGAAGGAAAUUCAUGAGUACUGCAAUGGAGAUUCCACCUGAAUAGUGUGUUGAAGUCUUUGAAGUGGAAUUUGAAUCUCAAAUCUUCUGAUACAGAAGGAAAAAUGCUACAAUUGAGUCACAGCUAACAGCAUUACAGCUACAUAUUUGUGUCUACAGUAAAACUCUGCUACAUAUCCAUACGCUAUUGAUCCUCUAAGAAAUGUAGUUAAUUGAAUGGUAAUUGAAUACUGUAUCUUGUGAUUCCUUCAAAAUGCAAUUGGCUGACUAUUGACUUAGUUUCAGCUUGUGUUGUAAGUUUGUUGCAUUUGAAAAUCUCAUUUCAGCCAAGUUUUUUUUUUCCCCCAUCCACACUGCAUCAACUCUCCCUGCUGUCAUGUAUAUGAUUUUAUUUCCCACCAGCAACCAUACAGAACAGUAUCCAAAACAUCAGUGCCUUUUUGAAAGUUCAAACCUUAAAAAAGACAGUAAUCAUGGCAGUAUACUGAUUAUCAUGAUUGUAUGUUGUUUGUAUGAUGAGAGGACUUUAUCUCAAGCCUAGAAAACAUUGAGAGUUAAGUACAGGAGUGCUACAGUUCCCAUCCUCCUCCAGUCCAAAAUUUGAGAUGGUAUCUUUUCUUCAGUUGGCAGCUUUAUAAAAAAACUAUUAAUAAUUUGAUCAUUCAAAUGUGUAGUAUAGAGAUACAUGCAACAAAAUUGUUGAUUAUAGUAUUGCAUUUGUUUAAAAUUAGUGUUUAUUUAAUAUUUGUACAAAUCUCAGAAAAAUGACAAAACCACAAAUUAUGUGAAUCUAACUCAACAUGAAAGGAUGGCCUGAUGUCCUUCAGGCGAAUAACACUAGGACCAUGGUUACUAGUGUUUUUAGUAUGUCCACAUUGUGUCUGAUAUGUUUCUUUUGUAUCCAUUGAAAUGUAUAAUCUUAGAUAAGCAUUUCCCAGUGCCACACAAAAAAAAUUGUGCUUUUUUUUAAUACUGUGGAACAGGAAUACCAGUGAACAGUAAAUGUAUAUGUACACUUUGUAUAAAGACACUUUUCUUUAUAAUCUUGUCUUUUCUAAUUCAUUAAAUUAUGUACUGUACCUUUUAAGAUGUUUCAAUAUUUUUCUAAGCAACAAUAGCUUUUCAAAGAUUGUAAUGAUUCAGCUGCCACCAUUUAGACAAGUGGAAACACUGCCAUUCUGUGGAGUUAUAAACUGCAACUUUAGCCCAUGGUAUUCCAGGUUUUAGUUACUAAUCUCGGCAAAUCCAAAUGCUAAAAAGAACGGUAAAACUCAUCAUUGAAAUCCAGUAUCCAUCACGGCACUGGCUGUAGAAUGGCAGAGUCACCUACCAGCACUUACAAAUAAUGAGUAGUAUGAGCAGUGAAGCAUGUGGUGUGGGAUUAUACCUCAAUCACGAAAACGUUAGUAUGUAUUACAUGGUUGGUUAUUUUGGAUACGUUCUGUGAUUAAUAUUUCAUUGCUAAGAAAAUUAGUUAAGUAAUGAAAGCCAACCAUAUGAUAAGUCUGUUCCAGAGAUAGUAGGAUGCUGGAGAAUUUGAGAUAACAA